AUGUCUCUCACCUUCAAGCUGCUCUCCUUGGCCAUCAGGACCGCAGCCAAGCCCAUUGGCAACUACAUCAAGAGACAAGCCAAAGAACAUGAAGGCUUCCGCAAGUUCGCCGUCAACCAGGCGCAGAGGGUGCACAGAAUUGACAUGCGAAUGCGACUGGGCAUUCUCCACGACCCAGAAGCGCAACAGCGGAUGCAUGAUCGCGAGGUGAAGCUCGCGGAGGAAAAGAAGAAGAAAGCUGAGACGCCGACGGUGAGGACUGCGGAGGAGCAAGCAAAGUUCGAGGAACAGCAGGCGAAAGAAGCGAAGGGGGAGAAGAAGGAGGAAGCGCCAAAGCGGCCCAAGAUCAAACCGCUGAGUGAGACAAGGGCGAUAGAGUUGGGAGCGAACUUCUUCUCGGAGGCGUUCAUCUUUGGUGUUGCCGUGGGCUUGUUGGUGUGGGACAGCUGGAGGAGCAGAAGUAAAGAGAAGGAUCGGAGGGAUGAUGUGAAGGAGCGGAUAGAGCAGCUUGAGGCUGAGGUGGAGAGCAUCAGGAGUAAGAUCGAUCCAGACUUGGAGACGCUGCAUGAUUUGAGUGAGAGGAUCAAGGAAGCGAAGGAGAGGAGAAACAGCUACAGCUGGUAUAACCCGGUGGGAUGGGUGGGUGGGAAGAGUGACGAUGACAAGGCUAUAGAGGGUAGUAAGAAGGGCGAUGAGCUGAAGAGGGAUGAGCAUGGGCAUGUCACGCCAUUGAGGAAGGUCAAAGCUAUUGAUGCGGGCGAGAAGGUGGUGGCAGAUGAUGUGAAGAUGAAGUCUGCGAAGGCGGAGCCGCAGAAGCAGGAAGAGAAGUCAAGUCCAAGGAAGGUGGAAGAGAAGCCUCCUGAUCGGGUGGACUUUGUCGUCGCGAAGACGGAGAAGAGAUGA